AUGAAGCACCACAUCCUACCUCGGUCCGAGAAGACUGCACCGACAAAUACCCAGGUAUUCAUUCCCAACGAGGUGCAGAAAGCCUACCAGGACGGUCUCGCAGAGCGGAGCAGCAAUCCAGACAAGCUUAUCUGGGACGGCAAGGACAUCGUAUACAUCGACAGCAACUUCAUCGCCCUCCCUAAAGACAUUCACCCGCGUCUCUGGACCCCGCGCCGAAAAUGGGUCGCAAAUACACUCGUUGGCUCACUCUGUUUCCUGGCGCCGUUCACUGCCACCAUCUUUGCGCCCUCCAUCAACCUCGUUAUGGAGGACUUGGGGAUGACGGAUCCUAUCGAAGGCGCAUUGCAAACCGCGGUCUUCCUCUUCGCUUUUGCUAUCGCGCCGCUUUUCCUUGCGCCCUUGUCGGAGAUAUAUGGUCGAAAGCGCGUUCUGUUGGGUGGUAAUGUUGUCUUCAUUGCUUUUGGGGUUGGGGGUGGAUUCGCUCGGACGCCCGGCCAGCUCGUGGCCUGUCGCUUCCUGGCAGGCGUUGGGGGUAGUUCUUCCCUUGCAAUUUUCGGAGGAGUUCUAUCGGACCUCUUCGAUCUGAAAGACAGAGCCAAGGCGUCAGGCGUGCUCUAUUUUACCAUAAUACUGGGUCCAGUAGCAGGGCCGGCCUGCGGCGGCUGGAUGUCUGAACGCGCGUCUUGGAGAUGGACGUGCUGGGUCCCAGCAAUCGCCGGUUUCGUUAUCCACAUAUUCUGCCAGGUUCUCCUUAAAGAGUGCUACAUCCCGACUCUCCUCCACCGAAGAUUGAAAGAGUGCCAGAAGCAGGAUCCUCACCUGCCCCUGUAUACUGCCUUGGAUAUUCGAGCCAGAAUGGAGCAGCAAAGCGGUGCUGUAUAUAUGUUGACAGAAGCGUUUCGACCAGUUAUUUACCUUUGUGUCGAUCCGGCACUGUUUAUCGUGGCCUUGGUUUUCGCAUUACUGUUCGGCACACUGUAUAUGGUUAUUGUGACGUUCUACCAAGUCUUGUCUGACGGGUAUAGCCACUCACCAGGAAUCGUCGGCAUUGACCUCCUGUCCGAAGGUAUCGGCGCCAUGAUCGGCUUGUUCGUAACCGUCCCUCUUUUGGAUGUGAUCUACACACGAGCUUCAGCUCCGGGCAAGACAUACCAUCCAGAAACAAGGCUUGUGGCAGCCUUCGGCGGGACCAUGGUCACCGCAGCCGGGCUCUUCAUGUACGGCUUCUCUUCCGGCCGAACGCAUUUCAUAAUUCCGCUCAUUGGCGUGGCACUAUUCGCGGCCGGAUCAAUGAAUGUUGGCCUGGCAAUUCAGCUCUAUGCCGUAGACUGUUUUCAAUUUCCCGCCAGUGCCGUGGCCGCGAUAUCGACGUUUCGGUGCGUGCUCGGCGGAGUGUUUCCAUUGUUCGGACAGCGUCUGUUUGACGCAAUUGGUAUUGACUGGGGCAUUGGCCUAUUGGCCUUUCUCGUGCUGGGCAUCGGAGCGCCGGCCAUUCCUAUGCUGUACUUGUAUGGAAAGCAGCUUCGUGACAUUGGAGCAAAGAACUUCAAGAAGAUUACCGGCAAAUGA